UUGGGGCAUUUCCAUCUUCCACUAGCACCAGCGCCACAACACUCUUCUCUCUCUCUCAAAUUCGGAAGCCAUGGCCUCUCUUGCUCGUGGAGCAGCAUCUCUAAGCCGCAUUACUAUUUCCACUGCCAAAUCUCCCGUUCAACUCAUCCACCGCCGAGGUCUCGCUGGAGCUGCCGAUCCCCAUGGCCCCGCUAAAGUUAACUUCUGGCAAGACCCAAUGAGCCCUUCUAAAUGGAAGGAAGAGCACUUUGUGAUUGUCUCUUUAACUGGUUGGGGACUACUAUUCUUUGGGGGAUACAAGUUGUUUACAGGAGGCAAGGGCAAGAAAGAAGAGCAACUGGUGAAAGCACCACACUGAGGUUUGGAGCAUAUUUACAACCCGAAGUGUUCCUGGUAAUAAAGUGUGUGCCCGGACUUUUCCGAGUUUUUUGGACUCAGUCUUGUUUGCUGGCAAACAAAUCUUUUGGCUAGUUAUUCAUUAAUCCUCACAGUGAAUGAAUAUUGGGAGAUGAUUCUUUCCAGAACAAUGUGUUAAAUUUGACUUUAUAUUUGCACAUUUUAUGCCAAUUCAUGCGUUCCUCUCCAUUUGCAAGCAAUUACUUUUGUUGACAUUAACUACCCGAAGGAAGCUAUGUUAUGUUCUUAUUUUAUCUA